AUGGAUGCGCUGAGAGCGAGGCAGGAUGAACAGGAUGCUUGUCGAGAGGCGGCCCAGCGGGAGCGGCACCAGCAACAGAGAAGAGACGAUGAGGCCAGACGACAGGCCAAUGAGCAGUACAGUCGGUCGCGCCUCGACCCAGAGCUGCAGCGCCGUGCAGCCCUUACAGCUCAGAAGGCGGCUCUCGAGGGCGACAACACUCAGCUUCGCCACGAGCUGGACCGACUCAACGACACGCGAGAAGCGCUCGGCCGUGAGGUGCAGCGACAGACGGCAAUCGAAGCGAGUCUCACCCAGCAGAGGGCGGACCGGCUUGUGGUGCGUGACAAUCUAUCUGCGGCCACUGAGACGCUCUCUCGGCAGAACAGCGUCCUCUCUCAGCAGGUGGAGAGGCUCAGCCAGCAGAAAGCCGCCCUCGAGACCGCCCGCAACGCGGCCUCCCGUGACCUGGAAGCAAUCGAGCGAGAGAAUCGACGAUUGCGCCAGCUGCUGACCGGCUGUUUAGAUGGAGAUCGCAUUCGCAGCUGCCCCAACAACCUGCACAACCAAGAUCCAAACCACUACUGCCCGUCGUGUCCGUUUGCCAUCAUUGCCUACCACCGCACCACCGAGCAGAGCGCCAAGAACAUUCAGUCUGUCGGGAUCGACAUCUCCCACUGCAAGGAGAAUCGCUGUGCGGGGAAGGGUUUCUACUGCGCAUCGGCGGAAUUCAUCACCAACCACAAGGUCCCUGAUCCGCGACGGGCUGAAUCGACGUGGAUGGUGAAGCUAGGGCUGCGUCUUCGCAAUGUGCUGGAGCUCGAUCACCGCGACACAUCGCUCAACGAGCGGGCCCUGAGGCUGCGAAACAUCGAUUCAGUCAUCCUCACGUCCGAGAAUGGGCUUGAAUUCAUCAUGUAAGCGAGAGAUAGGCGAGGGGUGCAUAUGUAUUGCCUCCGCUGUGCUGGUCCGUGUGUCUGUGUAUGUGCACCUAUAACAAGAAGAUGGCCGACAUUUUGCAAGUCUACGGGCCUGACGAUCCCAGGCCUUUCUGGGCACUAUGACGCUGUUUCCGUGUGUGUCGAGUGA